CCUGCUCUCAUGGGACUGAGGCAUUCGUCGCGUUGUUUGCUGCUACGGCGGAAGAUGGCGGAGGCGGACAGCUCGGAGCGGCAACAGACUGUCACGUCCCCCCUCUCUCAGUCUGCGCAGCCCUCCCCACUGCCCAAGCCUGUGCCUACUACCCACCAUGUGCCCUGCAUCCCCCACACGCCUCAUGUAGCAGCCCUGUCCACCUGUCCGGGUCGAGGCAAGAUUGCCAAGUUCAUCAGCCCGGAGGAAAUGACAUCACGGGACUACUACUUUGACUCCUAUGCCCACUUUGGCAUCCAUGAGGAGAUGCUGAAAGACGAGGUGCGGACGCUGACCUACCGGAACGCUAUGUACCACAACAAGCAUGUGUUCAAGGAUAAAGUUGUCCUGGAUGUCGGUAGCGGAACGGGGAUCCUCUCUAUGUUUGCCGCCAAUGCCGGCGCCAGACACGUGUACGGGAUAGAAUGUUCAAGUAUAUCCGAAUAUUCAGAGAAGAUCAUCAAGUCGAAUCACCUACACAAUGUCAUUACCAUCUUCAAGGGCAAGGUGGAGGAGGUGGAGCUUCCUGUGGAGAAGGUGGACAUUAUCAUCUCUGAGUGGAUGGGUUACUGCCUCUUCUACGAGUCCAUGCUCAACACCGUCAUUUUUGCCAGGGACAAAUGGCUGAAACCUGGCGGCCUGAUGUUCCCUGACAGAGCUGCUCUCUACGUGGUAGCCAUUGAAGACAGGCAGUACAAGGACUUCAAGAUUCAUUGGUGGGAAAACGUGUACGGGUUCGACAUGAGCUGCAUUCGCAAUGUGGCCAUCAAAGAGCCUCUGGUGGACGUGGUAGAUCCCAAGCAGGUGGUGACCAACGCCUGCCUCCUAAAGGAAGUGGACAUCUACACUGUGAAGCCAGAGGACCUGUCCUUCAACUCAGCCUUCUGUCUGCAGAUCCAACGCAACGAUUACGUCCAUGCCCUGGUCACCUAUUUCAACAUCGAGUUCACCAAGUGUCACAAGAAGACUGGCUUUUCCACUGCUCCAGAUGCUCCCAGCACACACUGGAAGCAGACAGUGUUUUACUUAGAGGACUACUUAACUGUCAAGAAAGGAGAGGAGAUCUUUGGCAGUAUUGCUGUCAGGCCCAAUGAGAAGAAUGUGCGUGACCUGGAGUUCACCCUCGAGCUAGACUUUAAAGGGCAACUAUGUGAGGCCGCCAUUUCCCACGACUAUAAGAUGCGUUAGGAACAACAACUAUUGCCCUGGUGUGGACCUUCCCCCAGCCCCUCUGGACACACCUCGAGAGGGGGAGGGCACAAGCUCUCCAACAAGAAUUCCAGUCGGCCAGCGAGGGGGGCGACCCGACGCAUCUGAUUGGAUGCCAUUAUGCCAGCACCUAAGUGAUGUCACCAGAAUAGGCAAGUAUCUAUCAGCAAUAGUGCCAUCACGUGUACCAACCUGAUCGACUCGGACACAUGGUUGAAUGUAACCUCCCAAAUGAACUUGAUGUUUUUUCCUCUCAGUGGUUUCUGGGAUUUUAAUUAUUUUGAGUAUAAAAUAAAAAGGAUUUACGAAUCUUUAUAUCGUUAGUGCAGCUAAUUGAAAAGUAUUGAUCUGUGUGAUGUUGAGAAGGUAACAGCAAAGUCAUUAACGGAUUUUCCAGAAGUCAUUUGUUAAGAUUUAUGAUUUAUGCACUGUAUAAUUGUAUUGAAGUUACAGUAAUCAAUUGUUUGAUUUCAUAAUUCAUUUUGCAUGUGAAAGUGUUUUGCUUCCUUGAUUUCAGAAAGAUGAAAUGUAAUUU